AUGACAGAAGAAAAACAGAAACUGAAGGAAUUUUUACAAGCAAGUGAAGGUAAGGGACAAAUAUCACCAAUGAGAGGUACAUUAUUUGAGGGUGUUGCACACAGAUGUCUCCAAAACGGUGGAGCAUUCACUGUAUGUAGUUUGGAGAAUAAUACAUCCUUGCCAAUACCAUUACAACCGUCAAAUUUUCCAAGCAAUGAUGCAAUAUUUCCAUCGAACUAUAUCUUCCAAAUUACAAUUUCAAAAAAUCGUGCAAUAAAAUGGGCAGCAUUAGAAGCAAAUUAG